AUGAUUCGAUCUCAACCACCUCCGGUAGCACCGAAACCCAAAAUUCAAGUGAAUCAAGAGAAUAUUGGUAGGUUUUUUUUUAAUUUUUUAAAGAAUUAAAUUAAAUCAUAUUCUAAAAUGAAAAUUUAUCAAUCGAAUAUACUAGUUUUGGCUUUCAAAAGUCAGACAAAUGCUCCGCGAGCUCAAGAAAAAAAAAGAAGGGCUAGGUUCCUGUAGUUUCUGCGAUUUUUCUUGAGCUCGCGGAGCAUUUUUGUGACUAUUGAAAGUCAAAACUAGGAUAUCCAGGUGAUAAACUUCCAAUAUGACUAAUUCUGGAUUAAACUUUUGCAUCAGAUUUUUUAAAUUCCCAAAAAUUUCAUAACCCAAGAAUCUAGCUAGACUUUCAUCACAAAAAACACAUGCACACACACACUUUUUUCGUCAUUCUCCUCUUUUUUUCUCUGCGUCUUUUUGAUCGAUAGGAGAAAAAAAGAAAGGGUUGCUGGAAAAAAGAAACGUUUAUUUAUUUUUAUGUUGAGUCAUCGUCUUCUUUGACAGAGAUUUUCAGACAAAAUGUCACGAGGUUAGUUCAAAUUUUGAAUAUUUGUGUAUUAUCAAAGUAAAAAAAUUUGGCAAAAAAAGAGAAGCCAGAAAUUCAAAUCCCAAUUUCCCCAAGUACGGUAUUCCUCUGCGUCACUAACACCGUUUCGAGACCACACCAUUGGGCAGAGAAACAAAGUCAAAGACGCACAUGUGGGUCUCGCAGCGACUGAAAGAAACACCGUACUUGGGAAGAGUGUCAUUUGAAUUUCUGGGCUCCGGUUUUUUGCCAAAUUUUUUUAUUUUGAUAAUAAAAAUUUGCAUAGGUAUAGGUUCUAAGGAAAAAAAUAUAAAAUGCUCAAUUGUGGGUCCAAAAAUUUUAAUCCUACAAUUUUUUGUAUCUUAUCUACAUACUUAGUCAUGACGUGUUUUUUUUUUAGAUACAAGCACUGGAUUUUCUGUUUCGGCAGCGAAGGCUCUCUUUGAAGCAGCUAAAAAACCAGAAGUUCGAAAUGCAGCAAUCGCAGCAGCUAAAAAACCCAUUCGUUCGACAGGCGGCGAAAAACGUGGCACAAGAUGAAAAAGCUCGUGGAGCAGUUUUGAACGCAGUGAAAGAUCCAAGCGCCGGCAACAAAUUUCAAGCAGCUUUCGCUGUCGCAGAUGUGAAUCGUCGUGCUGGAGAUGGUCCCCCGCCGCCACCGCCACAUCGAGAUAGAAAUAAUGCAGCUACGACUAGUUCUUCGAGUAGUGUACCUAGUGUACCAGGAAAAUUAUCGGGAACACAUUCUGCUAUUCGAUCUCAGCUUGAGAAUUUGCAUUUGGGUGGAUCAACAUCUGCACCUGCUCCUGUUUCACCCAAAUAUCAGUCAAGUAAGUUUUUUAUAGAUCAUUGUGGAAAAAAGCUUACAUUCCAGAUAAUAGUAUUCCACCACCAUUACCAAGUCACAAUUCGUCGUACAAAAACUCAUCAUCUUCUACUUCUUCAUACAUGAACUCAUCCUCAACUUCUAGCUCACAAUCUUACAAUAAACCAGUCACAGAACCUCACGGAAUUGCUCAAUAUUCCUACUCGGCCCUCCAAUCCGAUGAAUUAUCAUUCAAUGUCGGAGAUACGAUUUUGUUGCGGAAAAAAGUGGACGAUCAAUGGUUUUAUGGAGAGAAUUCGAGAACUUAUCAAUCUGGAAUUGUUCCAUCAUCCUAUAUUCAAGUUAUGAUUCCAUUGGCGGAAAGCUACUCGAAUUCCUCUGGAGCAGUUUGUGCAACAGCUUUAUAUGAUUAUAAUUCAGGACAACCAGGAGAUCUUAUCGUGAGUUGUGAAUGUGGAAAUUGCAAACUUCUAUUUUUUUAAAAUUAAUUUUAGUUUUCUGCAAAUCAAUCGAUUUUCGUCACCUCAAAAAUCAACGACGAAUGGUUGGAAGGAGAAGUCAAUGGAAAAUCUGGAAUAUUUCCAGCUAAUUUCGUUACAUGCGAUCAAAUCUAUCGGGUUCCAUUGAAACUAACAACUCCAACAUACAAUAAACCAUCAGCAAAUUUGGGAACUGUCAAGGCAAACUAUGACUAUUCUUCGGGAGUUGCAGCUGAUUUGCAAUUUGCUGAAGGUGAUACUAUUACUAUUUUAGAAGAUAUUGAUGCACAAUGGAUAAUGGGAGAAUUGAAUGGGUUGAGGGGAUUAGCCCCGAAGACAUUUUUAGGACCUCCGUAUGGUUAGUUUUCAUUUUUUUUUGAAAUUCAAAACUUUAAAAAUAAGCAAUAUUUUCUAGGAUCACCGAAAAAGAGUCCAAGUAAAGGAAUCGCUGAAAUAUCUACUGCAUUUUCGCCGAAAAAGGCUUUGGCAAUUGCAGAUUAUCACUCAGAUGAUCCGAAACAUUUAUAUGUAACUAGAGGAGAUCAUUUGCUGAUUGUUGAAGAUGUGGAUGAUUAUUAUUUUAGAGGAAAAUUAGAAGCUUUCAAAACAUUGCCUGCUGGAAUUCUGCCAAAAAACGUUGUCCAAAUGUCAAAUUAA